AUGAGCAACUCGAACUUUCUAGAUAAAGCAAUAGCUCUGGUCCAAAAGGCCAUCGACGAGGACGUCAAGCAGAACUAUGCCGAGGCAUACAAGCAGUAUCAAGAUGCUCUUGAUUAUUUCAUGAUGGCUAUGAAGUACGAGAAGAACGACAAGCUCAAAGAACUCAUCCGCAAGAAGUUUACCGAGUACCUCGACCGCGCCGAAAAGCUCAAAGAACAUAUCGCCAAAUCAGACGAAAAACGCUCCAAAUCCAAGAUGUCCGCCACCGGUGCCGGCGCCGGCUCCUCUACUGGAGGUUCCGACGUCAAGGGAGAAGAUGGGGAUGAUCCUGAUAUCAAGAAGCUCCGUUCAGGACUUCAGGGAGCUAUCUUGUCGGAGAGCCCGAACGUGCAAUGGGACGAUGUGGCGGGUUUGGCGCAGGCGAAGGAGGCGUUGAAGGAAGCGGUCAUCUUGCCGAUCAAGUUCCCGCAGCUGUUCACGGGAAAAAGGACUCCGUGGAGGGGUAUCUUACUUUACGGACCUCCGGGUACCGGUAAGAGUUAUUUGGCGAAGGCUGUGGCUACAGAGGCGAAGAGCACGUUCUUCUCGGUGUCUAGUAGUGACCUGGUUUCCAAGUGGAUGGGUGAAAGUGAACGUCUCGUGAAGCAGCUGUUCCAAAUGGCUCGUGAACAAAAGCCUGCCAUCAUCUUCAUCGAUGAAAUCGACUCUCUCACAGGUGCGCGAGGCGAAGGAGAAUCAGAAGCUUCAAGGCGUAUCAAGACCGAAUUCCUUGUCCAAAUGAACGGUGUCGGAAACGAAGAGACAGGAGUGCUUGUUUUGGGUGCUACAAACAUCCCCUGGCAACUUGAUCCCGCUAUCAAGCGACGAUUCGAAAAGAGAAUAUACAUCCCCCUCCCCGACGUUGCCGCCCGACGCAGAAUGUUUGAAAUCAACAUUGGCUCUACACCACACGGUCUCAACCCUGCCGACUUUACCCACCUCGCGGAGCAGACGGAUGGAUACUCGGGAAGUGAUAUCGCGGUGAUCGUCAGAGAUGCUUUGAUGCAGCCGGUCAGAAAGGUGUUGAGCGCUACCCAUUUCAGAGAGGUCACAGAAGACACAGAAGCCGGUCCCAAGACCAAACUCACCCCCUGCUCCCCUGGUGCCCCCGGUGCAGUUGAGAAGACUUGGACGGAUGUCGCCUCUGACGAGCUCCUCGAACCGUUACUCAGCAUCAAUGACUUUGAAAAGUCUAUCGCUGUCAACCGGCCGACAGUGACCGGGGCGGAUAUCGAAAAGCAUAUCACGUUUACCAAUGAGAGUGGAGGAGAGGGUGCUUAG